UAAAUUGUACCACAAACUCUAACGGAAAUAAGUCCGCCCCGCAGAACACGCAACAAAUUCAAACGAAGAUAUCAACAAGUUUUCAAAAAAAAAAAAAAAAAAAAAUAUUUCGCAAAAAACGAAUACUUUUUAACCAAAAAAAAAGACGUGUAGCCGUGUAACAUAUUACAAAAAGCAGAGACAUUUUGUAUUAAAUAAUUGGUUAAAAGGAAUCACAAGAAAAAGCACAAUGACAUUUAAAAUUAUCUACUGUGUCCUUUUGUUUUUUCUCCUAACACAUACAUCGGUUAAAGGAUCAUGUUUGGAAUACGGACACUCUUGUUGGGGUGCCCAUGGUAAGCGUUCCGGAAAUAACAAAUUACAGCAUAUGGACAAAAAACUGGUUAAUGAAGUGGACUUUGCUGAUUUGAAUGCUAUAAAGGAGCCCUACGAUAGCACUGAGGAUAAUGUGAAAGGCUCCUAUGACACAAGUGCUGCAAAAAAUAGCGAUACAUCCAAGACAUCAAACGAUUUCAACAAUGAAACCAACAAUGAGAAAAUUCUUAAAUUGGAAAAUCUACUCCUCAAAAGAUUAAGUGAAAAUGGAAAACACCAAAGGAAUGAUAAACAAUCUGCGAAUAUGAACGAGCAGCUGACCUCCCGCAAUGGAAAUAACCCAGAUGUUAAUUUGAACUACAGAUGGCGUCGCUUACCCCUCUACAAUUUCAGGCAUUUUCAAAUUACAAACGACAAUUGGCUUAACGAUUUGGAAAGGGAGCAGAAUCCACAUGCCAACGGCAAUGAUGAUGAUUAUAUAUAAAAAAAAUAAUUUAUAUAAUCACAAGGCGAAUAUAAAUUAAAAAACAAUGUGAAAAAAGACUCAUCAAGAUAUUUCCCCUAAAAAUACAAGCAAACAAAACUAGUAAACAAAAUAUUUUAUCGCAUAAUGUUUCUUUUUUUUGUAAAAAUCAACAAUCUACAAGUUUUUAUGUAAAUGUCAGCAAUCGAUAAAAAAAUAACCAAACAAAAAAAAAAAUUAUAUUUGCAUGUUAUAAAGUAAUUACUAAACAAUUAUUAAAUGUUUAAAUGAAGGCCGAUAGCAUCUAUACACGUAAAUUAUUAAUAAAAAAUUAUAAAAACACUGUAUUUUAUGUUAAAGCAAACGCUGAAUUGCAGGCAAGCAGCAGCCCAUGUAUUUCCCAUUUUUAUUGAUUUUGAAUAAAACGAUUUAUUUUUUUCAAUUAACACUUAUUAUGAUUAUUAUAAAUAAAUUUGAAAUGAAUUGUCACAGCUAUUGAUGUCCAUGGCUGGAGACAUUAAUAAUUGUGACAUGGCAAUCCAUCAGAAAGAAGGCAAAAAUAGUUAGUUUUUCA